CUUGUACUUUUACUUGACUCUGAGAUUUCAGUACUUUAUACAACACUGGUACUGUCAGGAUUCAGGUUGGAGUGAGGGUUCUUUUCAGAGACGAGCUAUGCGGAGGAGUUUGACAGCCUGAUGCACCUGCAGCGGAUUCCGGUAACCGGCGGCAGACUUCUUAAGAAGCGGUGGAACCACCAGUCAUCCCUCGAUGGUUACCACUUGUUGACCUCGAUCACAUUUCCCAGAGCCAAGCCUGGAACUUAGCUGGUCGGGUGCGUCUCGCUGGUUGGUCCUACCAAGCCGUUCCGAUCCGCUGCUGUCCUGGACCCCCAAACCUACCCGGACCCUCGUUCCCCUUCUGACGUCCGCUCUUCUCGAUUCCUGAACAAUCGUAAAACUGAUUAAAGACAACCCUCUUAACAGUAAAGUCUGUUCUUCUGUGCACACCUGCAUGUAGGCAAGGAAACUAAAAUCCAACAUGACAAGCUUAUGCUAUAAAAAAGUAGAUAUCUACAAUUCUUUGACUUUUGAAACCUUUGGACUGGCUCCACACAACAUAUUACCUAACUUAACUAGAGUUCAAGGAGUAAGUUGUUUAUGAUUGUUUUCAUUCACUCUGCUUUCAUUUUGUGAACGAAGACACAGCAGAAGGACUGAACUAACUUGUUUCUGGAAACAAAAUGAAUAAAACUCACUGUCCUCGACCGGAUAAGAAAGUUUUCGAACAUACAGUCCUGCCUACUCUUUACAUCUUGGUAUUUGCUGUUGGACUGGUCCUAAAUGUAUGGGGAAUGAAGUCUUUGCUGCAUAACUGGAAGAAACUUCGGCGUAUAAACAUUCUUGUUCUUAACCUUGGACUAGCAGACAUUUCAUAUCUGCUGACACUCCCCUUUCUCGUCGUGUACUACAUUGAAGGAAGCAAAUGGAUCUUUGGAGAAGGAUUCUGCAAGGCAACAAGAUUCUCUUUCAACUUGAAUUUAUACGGCAGCAUCGGGUUCCUCACCUGUAUAAGUGUGUACCGGUACCUGGCUGUUGUCCAUCCAAUGAGAAUGAUGGGGAGAUUAACUACAACUCACUCUGUGGUCAUCUCAGCCGUGGUUUGGAUUCUGGUGAGUGUUCAAAGUCUUCCAGACAUGUUCUACCAAAAAACAUAUCCAAACAUAUCAAAAUGCUUUGACACCACCUCUGAUGAACAUAUUGAGAGUUACCUGGAUUACAGCCUCACCUGGACCUUCUUUGGAUUCUGCAUCCCCUUUGUCAUCAUUGUGGGCUGCUAUGGACAUGUGACUGUUGUUAUCUGCCGUUCAAAUAUGAUGAAAAGAGACCAGAAACGACAAAUCUUAAAACUGAUGGCUCUACUGAUUCUUCUGUUCUCACUUUGUUAUGCGCCCUACCAUAUUUUCAAGAACCUCAGUCUGUAUUCCAGAACCCUGAGUAAUGAGAAUCAAUGCCCUAAGUGGGACUCUGGAGUCUUUAUUGCCCGUCAGACAAGUCGAGGUCUCGUGAGCCUGAACAGUGCUCUCAACCCGCUGGUUUACCUCCAAGUAAACGAGGAUAUGGGUGUUCAGUUCACACAGCUGCUGCAAAGAUGUUCACAGAGUUUCAGUUGUUUGUUGGAGUCCAAAUCCAGGUCUGUACCGGUACCACAGACUGAACAAGAAGCUGACAGUCCUCUAUGACAGCAGGUGUAGUUUUUCUUUUUUAAUCAUGUCAUGAGGUGAAUUUUUUGACGCUCUGUUUGGUUUGUAUUGUUCCAACUGGUUGAUUCUAGAAUUUUCAAGUAAUAUAAUGGUAAUGGCAAGAACACAUCCUCAAAGAUCAAUAAACUUUAAUUCUAAUGAACAUUUAACACUGGAACUGGAAGACAUUUUAAAACUAUUAACUAAAGCAACAAAUAUAUUGAAUUAUGAAGUCUCUGUAAACAAAAUUGUCCUUCAAAUGAAAGGGCUAGUUGAGACCAAAGCAACACAUUGAAGAGUUGUCAUCCAGUUUUGGUAUAAAAAGCGCGAGAAAAAAGAAAAACUGUAAAUCAAGCAAAUAAAAAUGAUCAAAUGUAGCCGUGCGAUGUUAUUACACUAGAUUGUCAAGUUAGAAGCUAAAUAAUAUGAGCACGGGCGGCUUUUAUUUUGAAAAGUCGACAGGCGCUGUGGAACACUGUGAUGAAAAAGCCUGUUUUUGAAUUAUUAUUUUCUGCUAUUUGAAUGCAGGUAUGUGAUGUUUCAUUACUUUUGGUGUGGGAUUAUUUUAUUUAUUAUUUUUUGUCUUAUUCAUGUACUGUUUAAGAUCAUUAUGCUCAUGCUUGGGGUUAGUUACUCAUUAUUGUUGCAAUUAUUUUUAUUUUGUAAGGUAAAUGUGUUAUUUUACACAAGUCGCACGUUCUCUUUUUGUUUGGAUUCCGUGGGAGAAGGCGCUGUGGAACACUGUGAUGAAAAAACCUGUUUUUGAAUGACUAUUUUCUGCUAUUUGAAUGCAGGAGCAUUAAAAGUGCCUUCAGAUCA